CCUACUUUUAAGCAGAAAUCGCGUGAAAGGCCAAAGCCGCCUUUGUGUUCUUAUUGUUCUUAUUGUUCUAUUGAAAUCUGAAACCCCCUUCUCUCAAUAGUCAAUUUUCAAUCUAUUAUUUCCACUCAAAUAUCGGUCGCCAUCUUCUUCUUUACAACUCAAUUUCGACUGAGGUCUUCUGAAUCUUGGAUAAAAAAACAAGUUUCUGAGACCAAUCAAUCAAAAGUUUGGCGGAAAAUGACUUGGAUUUUCUCAUUAUUCAAUGGGCCAUCAGGGUUUUCAGCAAACUCUAAAGCUGAAGAUGUUACCAAUGGAAUCGAUGGAGCUGGCCUCACCGCCAUUGUUACCGGAGCUUCAAGUGGUAUUGGCUUAGAAACAGCCCGUGUUCUUGCCUUACGUGGGGUCCAGGUGGUGAUGCCAGUCAGAAAUGUGGAACUUGGUCAAAAAGUCAAAGCAAGCAUUUGUGAGAAAAUCCCAAAUGCCAAAAUCGAUGUAAUGGAGUUAGAUUUAAGCUCACAGGCAUCUGUAAGGGAUUUUGCAUCUCAAUACAUUUCAAAGGAUCUUCCUUUAAACAUCCUAAUUCUCAAUGCAGGAAUCAUGUCUCCUCCAUUCACUCUUUCAAAAGACAACAUAGAAUUGCAGUUUGCAACCAACCAUAUUGGUCAUUUUCUUUUGACAAAUUUGUUGUUGGAUACAAUGAAAAAGACUUCAAGUAAAACCCAAAAAGAAGGAAGGAUAGUUGUUGUUUCAUCUGAGCUCCAGAAGAUGGCAUACCCUGAGGGAAUUAGGUUUGACAAGAUCAACGAUGAAAAGAGCUAUAGUGCUUUUCAUGCUUAUGGGCAAUCAAAGCUUGCUAAUGCAUUACAUGCUAAGGAGCUAUCAAGGUGCCUCAAGGAAGAAGGUGUGAAUGUGAGUGUGAAUUCAUUACACCCUGGAGUUAUUAAAACCAAUCUUUUAAGAAACCAAGGAUUUGUGGCCUCAAUAUUAAGCAAGAUAGCUUUUAGUCUGUUGAAAAAUAUCCCACAAGGAGCUGCAACUACAUGCUAUGUAGCUAUGCAUCCACAAGUGAAAGGUGUUAGUGAUCCAUUGUUGAUGACUGGCAUAGUCCCCCUAACAGCAUGUUCAACUUCUUGGCAAUGGCAUACAUCUCCCAAAUCUGUUAAACAUCCGCCAUAA